UAUUAACAUGUUUGUUACUUCAAUUUCUAGUGUAGAAUUGUAAUAUUUAAUUAAUCAUGGGUCGUAUCUUUCUCGAACAUAUUGGAGGUUCAAGAUUGUUUGCAUGUGCAACCUGUGAUACAUCAUUGACAAAUCGUGUGGAAUUAAUAUCUACGAGAUUCACUGGAGCUACUGGACGAGCAUUUUUGUUCAGCAAGGUGGUAAACUUGACUUACAGUGAAGUUCAAGAUAGAGUCAUGUUGACGGGUCGUCAUAUGGUACGAGAUGUUUGCUGUAGAAAUUGUAAGACUAAGCUGGGAUGGAUGUAUGAAUAUGCAACAGAAGAAGCACAGAGAUACAAAGAGGGAAGAAUAAUAUUGGAACGAGCUCUCAUAAUGGAAAGUGAUGGAUUUGACGAAACACCAAAACCAUCUGUACAUAGCAUUAGAAAGAGAAUGAAUCAGGCAACUGUAACAACAAAUUCAUCAAACAGUGAUGAUGCUACAGGGGCAUGGACCAGCGAGUAACUGUUUUUGUAACAAAACAUAGUGAAACUGUUUUGUUGUUACAUGGGACAUGUUGGACUGACUCGGUGAAUGACAACGUAUCAAAGUUUGCCAGAGGAUGUUACUAUCAUACACAAAAAAUACUAGUGUUUGGCCAAUGAAUAAUCAGGUACCAGGAUAUGCCAAGCCGCUGAUGGGAUUUUAUCAUUUAUGUUUAUAUGUUCAAAUUGAAAUUAUGAAGAGAAGUUGAUGCCAAACUAAUAACUUGUGAAUUACAGAAGUAGUUCUAUUUUGUUUUCAUGCUAACUUGUGAUCAGAUUAUGGGCAUACUGCACCAUUACUACCGACCACAAACAGAAGUGUUACUGAGAUCAUGUUGAAAUGUUAUUACAUUUCUCUGUGAGGUAUUCCCUCCCCAUAUCAAUGUGGUAAUCUGGUAACACAUUAUGAUAACCUGGCAGCUGCUUGCCUACUUUGUUCAAAAAUUACUAAUUAAAGAAGUUAUUAUCUUUUUCACUUGCAUACAGACUGAGAACUAUUGUUUUUUUUUUUGUUUUUUUUUGAAUUUCGAUAAGGAAAAGGAUAUGGUCAUUUUAAAGCUUUCAGGGAUCAUGGCAGCUGAAUUAACUUUCACUUCUAGUCAAAAUUGUUGACAUGUGAUACUUGAUCUAUAUAUUUCAGAUCUAUAUUUAUUCAAUACAUUAUUACUUUUGACAUUCUA